AUGUUCUCCAAGACCAUCAUCCUCGCCCUCUUCGCCUCUUCGGCCGCCUUCGCCGCCUCCAUCCAGCAGAGGCAGCUCAACCCCAGUGUCCAGCUCUGCUCCAACAAGGACUUCAACGACUGCGACAAUAAAGCAGAGGCUUCGGGAAGGCUGAACGACAAGGUCAGCUCGCUCAAGGCAAACGGCCACAACUGCAUCUUCUACAACGACACUGGUUGCCGCAAUGGAAACGGCCAGAUUGCUACCACUGGUGAUGUUGCCAACAUCCGCUCCCACAGCUCCUUCUCCACCAUGAACGACGACAUUUCCUCUUUCUUGUGCAGCAUCUAA